AUGGCCAUCGAGGAGGUAAACAAGUCCGGGCUUGAGGCUUCGGACUAUGAUUCCAAGGACAAGAUCCAGAUCAAGUCCAGAAAUGAUUCUUCGGCUUCGUCGACUGACGAUCGACGUGGCAUUGUUAAGAAUGUUGAUUGUGCUUUUGACACUACAGAGGACCCCCGAUUUUAUAAACCCAUUGAAAGCUAUGAGGGCUAUCAUCGAUGGGACCCUGAGUUUGAAUGGACGGAAGCUGAAGAGAAGGCAGUGGUCCGAAAGAUCGAUUGGCGAAUCUGUACAUUUGCCUGCGUUACCUUUUUUGCUCUCCAGCUCGAUCGUGGAAAUGUCGUUCAAGCCACCUCCGACAACAUGCUGGGAGACCUAGGCAUGACAACGAACAACUACAACACUGGUCAAACAAUUUUCCUGGUGACUUUUCUUUUCGCGGAAUUGCCAUCUCAGUUGAUCUCUAAAUGGGUCGGUCCCGACCGCUGGAUCCCAGUUCAAAUGGUCUCCUGGAGUUUGAUUGCGGCUUGUCAAGCUUUUGUGAAGGACAAAAGUAGCUACUAUGCCUGCAGAGCGUUGCUCGGUCUGUUAGAAGGUGGAUUCAUCCCGGACACGAUUCUUUUCCUGUCAUUUUGGUACAAGACCGCGGAACUGCCCAUUCGUCUGAGCUAUUUCUGGAUGGCCUACCAGCUCACUUCAAUCGUCAGCGCAUUUCUUGCAUACGGAUUCCUACACAUUCAUAACGCGGACGGUACGGGUGGCUGGCGAUACAUGUUCGCCUUCGAGGGCCUCAUCACCGGCGUCAUUGGAAUCAUCGCUGCAUUCUGGAUGCCCGCCUCUCCGACACAGACCGCCGGCCGGUUCCGCGGUAAAGAGGGCUGGUUCAACGAGCACGAAGAGAAGAUCAUGGUUAACCGUAUCCUGCGCGACGAUCCCAGCAAAGGAGGCAUGCACAACCGCCAGCCGGUGACUCCGAAGAUGCUCUGGACCGCUCUCAAGGAUUACGACAUGUGGAUCGUUUACCUACUAGGUCUGACUUGGAUGAUUCCCACCAUCCCCUCCGCCAGUUACAUCAGUCUGGAACUAAAAUCGCUCGGCUUCAGUACUUUCCACACCAACCUAUUGACUAUCCCGGCCUAUGUGAUUUUCAUCUUGAACCUGCUCUGGAUUACCUGGGUGUCUGAAAGGUUCAACCAGCGCUUCCUCCUUGGUGUCGUUGCCCAGUUCUGGGCCCUGAUCCUCUUGAUCGCGCUGGAAGUGCUUCCGAACGAUGCUAGCGCCUGGGUGCGAUGGAUUCUGAUCGUCCUGCUUAUCGCCAUGCCAUACGUGCAUGCGAUCAUUGUCGCGAUCGCCUCACGUAAUGCCGGUACUGUGAGAACGCGGACGGUUGCUACUGCGCUGUAUAACAUGUCGGUGCAGGUCAGCAACAUCAUCGGUAACAAUGUCUACCAGGCUAAGGACAAGCCAUACUACCGCACUGGCAAUGCUGUGUUGAUCGCUCUUUGUAUUUGGAGUGCCCUGUUAUUCAUUGCAGCCAAGUUAUACUACGUGCGGCGAAACAAGCAAAACGCUGCAAUUUGGGACAACAUGUCUAGCGAAGAGAGGGAACGCUAUGUCGUUGAAAAUGCCCACCUAGGCAACAAGAGAGUCGAUUUCCGCUUCGUCCACUAG